CGGAUCUAACAAGAGCUGAGAAUUUUGUUCUCUGUAGCAUGAGGUUAUAUAGCACCAUGUGCUAGCGUUUUGUAAAAUGUGUGUCUAAAUAGGAUAAAAUGACUGGGCUACCCCCUUUGCCUUUGCCUUUGUCUUUGACUAUGCCUUCCUUUGUCUUUGACUUUGCCUUGCCUGGCCUAUCACUUUGCAAUGCCUUCACCCAUGCAUGUGCUUUGGCUGCGCCAUCACUUACAGCUUCAUCCUUAAUGAAGAUCACCUUUAAGUUCAACUUCACUGCAUCCUUCGCCUACAUCUAGUUUUGAAGCCCCAAAAUGUGAGGUCACUCCUCAUAACUGGGACCUCCACUUGAAGCACCUGGGCAUCCUCGCUUCAGUCCAGUCAAAAUGGACCAGCUUAGCGAAAGAUAAGUGGAUGAUUUUGUAUCAGCGCCAAAGAUUUAAAUCUUUCAUUUU